GGGGAUUGGAACACCUGAAUCACAUGAUAUGGAGGGGAUUGGAACACCUGAAUCACAUGAUAUGGAGGGGAUUGGAGCACCUGAAUCACAUGAUAUGGAGGGGAUUGGAGCACCUGAAUCACAUGAUAUGGAGGGGAUUGGAACACCUGAAUCACAUGAUAUGGAGGGGAUUGGAGCACCUGAAUCACAUGAUUGGGAGGGGAUUGGAACACCAGAAUCACAUGAUUGGGAGGGGAUUGGAACACCUGAAUUACAUGAUAUGGAGGGGAUUGGAACACCUGAAUCACAUGAUAUGGAGGGGAUUGGAGCACCUGAAUCACAUGAUUUGAAGGGCUGGCCCAAUACUUUUGGCAAUAUAGUGUAUGGGAUCAUGGGGCGCCUGUGU